GCGAAGCCGGUGCCCCAUCAGCAUCGGCGUCAGCCACACGCAUUCGACUGACCGUUUCACACUCUCUUUCAUUUCAAAAUAGACUAACGGCGUCGCAAACUGCAAGCUUCGUUUAGGUCUCGGGUCUUGACUAGAGACUCUACAUUCCUCGGGCACAAUCAUCUGCGUAACGGGCUAUUACGGAUGUACUUUGAAAUCGGCAACAGUGCUCGAGGAGUUCGCUCGGCACCGCUUCAGUUCGGACCAGACCAGCCCUUUGCGUUGCCCAGCAUUUCGAUGUUGGUAGGCCCUGCUGCCAGUCAUCUUUGUUCCUUCCGUCUGGAAGGGAACACCCCUUCUCUACCGUGGAUCUCACUUGUUGGAGUGUUCGAGGGACCCAGGUCUGCCUGUGGGUGUAUCCAUAUCUCAUCCAGGCCUCCGCCAACUCAGGCUCUGGAAUUCUGCUUCCGCAGAGAUCGUCUUCCACCCAUCCCAAGUCUAUCACCCAGGGGGCCUGGACUGCUCCUGCGGCGCACGUCCUCUGCUAUACGACCCUGCCAACGACUAGCUCGUCACCGCCCUGAACCCCCCAAGCUAUCACGCCAAUUUUCGUCUGCCGCGAUGCUCUGGGAUAACCUCUACGGCAGCAUGCCCGCUCUACCCUCGCACGAAUCUGGACAACCCUCGUGGGAGAUCUUUCCAGCAUCAUACGGAGAGACCAUACGGAUACACGUCCGUCGCAACGGACGUGCGGUCCCAAGCAUCUGAUAGGGGCCGAUAUGAAGAAUAAUAGCCAAGCGGCGAGUGGAAUCCAUGGGGCAAAGCUUGCAGCUACGCUCAGUCACACAACUGACACGUCUACUCGUACCUGCCUCCAUCUUUCUGCGUCUCCCUCAUCACCAUAUGCAUGAAUACGGAACCCAGUCAAUUACUGAUUGGCCAAGGGGGUGAUUUCAUAUCAUCUUCUUGCAGGGUCGUUCAUGAGAUAUACAACACUCUCACCUGGGGGUGUCCCAGAUUUUGCCAAACCGAGGUUCGUUGCUUGAGUCUCCCUGCGAGACUGAGGCGAUAAUUACGAAAGCAGGCC